AUGAAGCGGAGUGUUCCCAUUCUUAUCUACGCGAUCGUUCAGUUUAUCGCGUUCUUCCUUGUGCUGGUGGGCACGCCGCUCGACAUGUUUCGCUUCAAUUCACUCACAAGGAGCGUUACGCGCUGUUUGACGUUAUGGGGAUAUAAGGAGAGGUGCAGCAGUUCUUCGAUCGACUCUCCCUUGAACGUUGUGUGGGAGGAGUGCCCCGUUCGCCUGAGACGUUUCUACGUUGCUCAGGCGCUCGCUAUUGUCUCCAUCUUGGUGUACGGCGCGGCGUUCGUCCUGGGCGUCAUUAUGCUGUUCUGCUGCUCUUUCCUCCGCUUUGUGUGUCUGACGCUCAACAUUGUUGGUGUCGCUACCCUGUGCGUUGUCUGGGUAGCCAUGACGAUGACCUUUUCCAAGGAUGAGGGCGGGAUAUGUGUUGAUUUUCAGAGUGUAUCGCAUUAUGGUGCCGGCUUUGCUCUUCUCGUGACAGCCUGGGUGCUGGAUAUCCUCAACAUCUUCAUCUUGCUGCUUCGGUUCCGCAUUGCGGUUUUCCGUGAUCUUGACAGUGCCAACGACAAGUCGGACGAAACCUCGAAAGGAGAGUCGGAAGUGAGUAACACACAAAAGGAGGAGGAGGAGUAG